AUGGAGUCCCAAGGUCAAGGUCACCCCAGCUGGAACACUAGAGGCAGGCGUGCCACCAUCUUUCCCCAGAGAGAAGGGACCAGGCUUUUGGGGGCCUCUGCACUCCCCACUGAGGAUGAUACUGAUUUCUUGACACCCAGUGAAAGGCGGCACAGGCCUCCCUUGACCAGGAAGAGGGCUGUGGCAGACUUCAGGGUGAGAUGGCCAGAUAUAAUCUCCAGGGAACAGGAGGCACAGAGAGAGGACCUGCCCCAAUCUGGGAUGCAGUCCCUUGACAAGAAGGCCCAUGACGUAAGCUCCUGUUCCUCAGGAGUCAGCAUCAGCCUCAGACAGCAGUAUAGCAACCACAGUGAUUUCCAGGAUUCCCAAGGAUCCACCGCCUGCUUCCUGGAACCCCUUUCAGAGUCUCCACAUCUGACCAUUCUCAACAACUAUCUGAAGCCAGAGUCGAUGACCCGGCUGGAGAAGAGGGUGAGGAGGAAGACCCUGGUGGCCAUGAACCAGCUGGAGCAGGAUAUGGAAGCUGCCAAGUUCCGGAGGGCAGUGCUGCUGAGGGACACGAGGGAACUGCAGGAUGAGAGGACGUUCGAGGAAGCGGAAAACAAGCCCUUCUUGGAGUACCUGAAGAAGAGAAACCAGAGAACCCAGGAGAAGUAUGACUUCCUGUGGAAAGAUUACAUCCAGCAGUGUCAGGAGAUCGAGGUCAGGAGGCGAGAGCUGGUCUGCACCUUCACCUCCCGCACUGUAGACCUCCAGAAGCAGCUGAUGCAGGGCAAGAGGCUGGAGGCCGGCUUGAGGAAGAAGCUUAAGGCCCUGAAGCCCAUUGCACAGAUAAAGGAGAGCCAGGACAGGGAGAAAGAGGCCUUAGAGCAGGAGAAAGCCAACAUAGCAGCUGGCAUGCCCUUCAUGGACAGAAAGGCACACUUACAGUUCCUGAAGGAAAGGGCCGCUCUAAAGAAGCAGGUGGAGGAGCUGAACCUGCUGGAGUCAGGAGAGAACACCACCAGAGAGCUGAGGAAGAAGGCCAAGGCCUUGGAGGCUAUGGCCAAAAAGGCUCACAAGGACUUCUGCCAGGGUGUCAUUGCUGAGAACAGGGAACUGCAAACACAGCUCCGGCAGCUGGAUAAGGAAUUCUGUGAGCUGGAAGCCAGGAGGGAGAAGCUGGAGCAGCGAAAGCAGCGGUGGAAGGAGCAGCAGUGGUACCUGGAGGCCCUGGCCCGGGGGAGGGAGCGCCUGCAGCAGCAGGAGUACCGACCCCCCAAACCACAGGCUCCACACCCAACCCAGGGCCAUCUACUGGGUGCCAGGCCAGGAACCAAUCCUAAGUAAUGGCUGCCGUGUCCCAGGAAGCAGACUGGAGCUGAUGUUGAGGGUAGCACACAAGGAAUGAAGAUGCUAUCAGGCUAAUACAGAGGACAGAAGCAGCAAGGGGGAUGGAGGACUGAGCUUCUCAGAGGGGCAGGGGGUCCUGGCCUGGCCUGUCUCUCAGGCUUGGCCCCCUCACUGAAACCCGAAGGGCUGUCCUAACCAAAAGCUUCCCCACAUUCGGGAAGCUUGGU